GCAUGAGUCACUGAGACAGCAUCGCAUAUAAAAGCACGGGCACCCGGACAGGUACAUUGUACUUGAGAAGCGUCUGAAUGUGCAAGCACGAAGCUCUGUUAAUGAAAGAUACCAUCGUUGGCACUCUGCAACUGCGUUUGUGAUCCACGGAAAAGUUCGAUGCAACGUUCGGCAAGCUCAAAUACAGCCACAAGUAAGCUGGUCAGGGUAUGUGAAUUUCUGGGACAUCACCUUUAAAGUACUGACGCCUUGUAUGAUACAAUAACUCAGGAGCCGUGGCCGUGUACUCUCCAUUCAAUUCACGUUGAUCCCCGGGUACUGUAUCGAUACGAAAACAACUUCCGUGAAGAGUAUUCAGCCUGACAUUGACUCACUCCUGCAACAAAAGACUUGCAAUUGCAUUACUGAACAGACUACUGAAGCUGUGUUAUUUUUUAUCACUAUAUACUUCGUGUAUGUAAAAUCUAUGAUUACAUAGACACCUCAAAACAUACUAUCGCAGCAUGUCGGAGAACGUAGAUCACAAUUCGGACCAAGAAGAGCGCUUACUAGAACUCUGUAGGGACGUGCGGCGUGCCAUAGACCAAGAGGACAUCGACAGCUUGAAGAAAGUGUCAGCCUUGAAUAAGGACAAUGUUAAUGUCGAGUUUCGACACGAGCACGAUGGGGACUGUAUGGGAACCACCCCUUUUAUGUACACGUGUUUUCAGUAUAGAGGAUCGCACUCACAGAAGUUGGCAGAAAUUUUGGAGUAUCUAGCUAGUGUAGGUGCAGACGCUAACCUGGUAGCAAGGAGCUACCAUGAUAACCGCACAACGCCCCUUAUCGUUGCCAUUAACUGGGAUGAUGUGGAAUUGGUCCGUAUACUGCUGUCGUGUGGAGCCGAUACAAACGCCCGCGAUGACACGGAAGCAUUUCCUCUUAUGGAGACGCUCUGGCACGCGCCAGACAGUGUGAACCAUGUGAAAAUCACCGAGUUGUUACUUCUGAAAGGUGUGAACGUUGACGCGCCCACUGGCAACGGCAGGACUCUUCUUCAAGAUUCUAUCGAUAACAGAAAAAUUUUUGCCUGUGAAAUGCUGGUCAAAGCCGGGGCAAAUUUAUCCGUCUGUGGGGAAGAUGGCGUCACCCCUCUACAUUCGGCUGCCCAGUGGGGUGAUCGGUCAGUUAUCAAAGCCUUCGUCGAUGCGGGGGCCGACAUCGAUGCUAAAACAGCAGGACUUGGACAGACCCCACUAGACGUGUACUGGACGAGUGUGCAUGAGAAUAGUUGUGAGCUCGACUACGAGAUCGUGUCACUACUCCAAGACAAAGAACAGGACGAAACACGCCCGGGAAAGCGAAAACAAUCAAAACAGAAUCCGACCAAGGACAAGGCAGCAUCAGCCAAGCGUACUAACAGGUCAUCCUCACAGUCAGAACGCCUGCCUUCUGAGCUGACACGACUUCAGCAACUGGCGACCCAGUUGCUGGGCCCACAGUUCAACCUCGUCCCGUAUUCCGAAGACGACGAACAGGGGAGAAUCACACGUAUCCGGUCCCUCAUCAGAGCAGAGCACUUCUCCAGCAAAGUCAACUACAGUCUGGACUCUGCCGCGGACGAUCUCAUCUAUCAGAGAAAACGGUCAGUGUGUAAGAUAGAAUGGCCAGGCGGCUACGGUUCUGGCUUCUCAAUAGGAAAGAACACAAUCCUAACCAACAAUCACAUCUAUGAGAUGAUGGAGAAGGCAUCAAAACAACCAGACGAAAGGUCGGCCGACCCCAGGAACUACCGUGCCAUAUUUGUGUUGUCUGAACAUUUCGAAGUUGUUUGCCAGAUUGCUCCUAAACAGCCCUUGUCGCGUGAUGGAGACUUAGACUAUGCCAUAGUCGAACUUGUCCCUCAAGAGGACAACAAUAGCACCAGUGACAUCAUUCCCUUGGGGCAGUUCAUCUCAGAUAAUCUAGAGAAGGAUGGCAUGGUAGUUGUCGUAGGUCAUCCAGGUGGGGGGAGAAAGAAGAUCGAUUUCUGUCCUAUCUCCGGACUGGAUGAGAAAUACAUAAUCCACGUCCUUUUUGGCAACCCUAACGUCCCGCGGCCGGACGUUCACAGGGCCACGUACCAUACAGGUGUUAUGUUCCAUGGGUCGUCUGGGUCUGCAGGGUUCGACAGGAAUGGUAACCUGGUGCUCAUGCACACCAGAGGCUUUUUCCCAAUAGAAAAUCAGGCCAGUCUGAUUGAGGAGGGUGUGCGUCUCUCUAGCAUCAGGGAACACGCUCGACAAAACCUGGCCCCUGAGGUUUUCAAUGAGAUCUUUCCACAGCGACAGGGCGGCUUUUCCUUUGGACACUAACACUGAAAAGCUUUAUAAAUGGGGAAGUGAAAAAUCCUGAGCGCAUUUGAGAUUGCAAAAGGAAGGUAACCAUUUUUUUCACACCAAAGUGACUGUAUAUAGCCUUCAAUACUUAAAACUGGCAGUAAGCUUAAAACAAGGUUCAAUCUGUAAAAUUCAAUUUCUUUAUUGGUAAUAUGUCCUCAGUGCACAGUUGCAGCAAUAGUUGUUAUCUAUUAUAUAAUAUCUUCUCCGUACAGUGACACUUUAUCUACAGGUUGCUAGGUGUACAUAGUCAAACAUCAUGCAAAUUUAACUCAAAUCCUCAGCCCUGUUUCACAACAGGUGCACACAACAAGUCCUCUGUGGCAACAAUAGCACGCCUUACUUAAAGAAGGCAGCUUAAAAUCUAUCUACAAUCAUGGCAGAACAGCAAAGCCAUUUAUCUAGAAGGGUCUACCCCAAAUCAAAUACUAUUUUUCCCUUUUAUAAGAAGGGUUAUUACACGUUUGAAGAAUUCAAAUCAAACUAUCACACAAAAUUUAAACUUUAAAGCAUUCACAGAGACCUUGAUUUCUAGGAAUGCUGAAGGGAGCAGGUAUACUACAAGUUUUGUCAUAGUCUUCUUAGUUGUUUCAUACAUUGUAACAUAAAGAGGUGUAGGCUGUUCAGUAGUGUAUUACUGUAGCACCUCCAUGUCAGAAUUCUACUACAGUAUCUUUUGCCAAGCUCUAUCUAGGCUUUGUCAAUGGAAGACAACAUAUAAAAAGCAAAAUCCAUUUGUUCCUUAGUACUUAAGGUCUCGCUUAGGGAUGCACCAAGUCCACUGCUACUCUUAAACAAAAUAGUUUGAGAACGAAUUUGGGUGAAAAUGUCUAUUUUGCACCAAAGUCUUGACAAUUUCAUUCUCCCCACUAAUUUGGAUUAUUUUGACUAUCACACAUUUGUGAUAAUUUAAAAAGAAAUUCCUCUCUGCCAGUCAUUGUGCAUACAUACACUGUGGGACAAAAUCGAGGAUAAUACAACAUGUAAUGGCUACUGGCAGUUGAAAUACAACAUAGCCACAGUGUACUACUUGGCCUGCAUAGACAGUAUUGCACUUGCAAAGAUUUUG